AGCUCUACCUCAACCUCAACCUCAACCUCACACCUCACCAUAAAACACAACACCACACUCAUCAACCUCACCCUGCAAUGAACUAGCACCCACACCUUCACACCAACUCACACCACAAACACAACACAACAAGCCCAUCAAAAAUGCCCCCCACGAUCGACCGCCAAUCCACGCCCCCCUUCCACCUCAAGCUCUUCUACCGCCUAAACAACUACCACCAUCUCUCCGACUUUGCGCCCCAAUCCUCCUCGUCUUCAUUUAACAGCAACUACAACGGCCCCAUAAGCGGUCCCAACGCGAUCCGCGCGCGCAGCCCACUACCUCCCCCCUCCACCACCACCACAGGCAGUACUCUUCCAUCCCACCUCCAAAUCUACACCUGGCAAUCAUGCACCCUUCGCGAACUCUCCCAGCUGCUUACGUCCGCGUUGCCGAGUUUGCUCCCCGACCCGCCUGUCGGGACUAGACUCUGCUUUAGGCUCAUUUAUCCGGAUACGAAGGGAGCUGCGAUGAUGGGGCCCGAUGCGAGAGGUCGGUAUCUUGCUAAGGAAUUGGGGAGUGUGGUUGUGGGGCCUAGGGGGAGUUCGUUUGAGGGGGAGGAGGAGGAGAAGGAAGCGGGAGGCAAAGGGGUACGCAUUCAGGGUCAUGAUGCUGAGAGGACGUUGCAGGAGGCGAGAUUCGUCAUUGGGGAUUAUGUGGAUUGUGCGGUUUUGCCGCCCUUGGAGGAUGGGUCGGUUGCGCCGCCGGUGAAUGCGGGGAGGGGAAUGGCGAUGGGAGGGGGCAUGAGGGCGUUUCCGGGGAUGGGGCCAGGUGGUGGUGGUGGGAGAGGGGAGAGGAUUCCGCCGGGGGAUUGGAGACGGGGGGAGAGGUUGCCGGAGGGGAGUCUUGGGGAGAGGAAUGGUGGGGGUGGUGGUGGUGGUGGAGGAAGAGGGGGAGGAGGGGAUGGGCGCCGUAUUAGAUAG